AUGGGUUUCUGCACUUUUGGAGGUGGGAUUGUUGGUGUUGUUGAUGGGGUUAUCGGUGUUGUUGAUUUUGCUAUGGGGAGUAUCGGUGUUGUUGUUAUAGUUGGUGCUACUGAUGGGAUAAUUGGUGUUGUUGAUGUUACUGAUGGCUUUGAUGCUACUGAUGGGAUUAUCAGUUUUGUUGGUGUAGUUGGUGGUGUUGAUGCUACUGAUGGGAUUAUUAGUUUUGUUGGUGCAGUUGGUGGUGCUGAUGGCUUUGAUGGUACUAAUGGGAUUAUAAGUUUUGUUGGUGCAAUUGAUGGUGCUGAUGCUACUGAUGGGAUUAUCCAUUUUUUUGGUGCAGUUGGUGUUGUUGGUGUCACAGAGAUAAUAAAGGAUGGCCUCUUUGGAGUAACUAGCUGA